AUGGCAAAAACCAACGGUGGUGAGCUUAAGAGUACCAAUGAGAGUACGCUUCCUUGGAUGGCGAAAGGUAGCAAAAGUUCAACAAGGCGUGACGAGAAAGCAAUUGUACGAGUUGCAGACUCAGAUGUUGAGAACAAAGACAAGAGUUCAUCAGGCACAAUAGCAAAUGAGUCAGAGCCUGGAAAGUUUCUAGGUCAGCAUGUGGCAGAAAGAGUAAGGCGUGUUCCUUCGAAGAAGCGGGGAAUGAUGGUUGCCUCCCCGUCACCAAGAAAGUCAUGUAGUCGACGUGGAAUCUCAGAACAUCGGCCGGAGAUCAACCAUGUUUGGAAGUUAAACCCAAAGAAUGAUAGCAGUGGUCCUGACUUUUCUGGUAUUGCGUUACUUGCGGAUGCUGCGUGUAAUUUGAGCAAUGAUCUUGCACCAGCUGUUGACCGUCUGCCUGCUGAAGAACCUGUUGUUCAGCAGCAAGAUGGCUCGACCAUAUUGCCUCAUGCGGUUGGUUCCACAGAUCAGGUGGGGCAAGGCAAAACGGAUAAUGCAGCUCCUGAAAAAUCUUCGUUUGAUUUGGCUGAUGAGAAGGGCAUAGCGAGCGUAGGAGGGAUGAUAAUAGCUACUAAGGGAGCAAGUGAAAGUGAAAAUUUAGCACCUGAUAGUGGAGUUGUCAUAAAGUCAGAUAAAUCAUCGGUCAGUGAACCUACUGAGAAAAAGAAUUUAAGGUUACACUGGGACUUAAAUGUUUCUAUGGAUGCUUGGGGUCCACCUUGUGAUGUAGAAGAUGAUUCCUCUGAAAAAGAUGUGAAGGGAGCAAUCACAAAUCCAAUGCCCCCUACAGAGAGGGAACCUAUUGAUGGUAGUAAGGACCAUCUAGAUGGGUUUGUUGCAUCAGCUGGGCAAGAAAAGUUUUCAUUACCAUGUGGUCCUAAGGCUGAAGCAGCUGCUAGAAAUGGAAAUAAGUUCAAAUCCGGUUAUAAUUCCCCGCUUGAGGAUGGAGAAUUAAGGGAGCCAUACCUUAGGGAGAAAAAUAAGGUUGAAGAUGAAGGAUUCUACUCUAUGGCUGAAAGUAAUGACAACAAGAUGAAGGAUUUUGGUAAGGGAAUCUUGGCAGAGACUAAGUUGGGACCAUUAGAGCGUAAAUCUCAUGAUGCAUUGAGAAUUGGAGAGGCUCAAGACAGAAGGGACGUAGAGAAGAAUGAUGUGGCUCGCAUGAAUGAUUUGCAUCUUAAGAAGCAGAAGCGGUCUUCUUCUUCAAGGAGGUUUGUGCCGAAACCAUUUAAGGAGUUGCCUUCGCAUGAUGGCAUCCCGAGGACAAGAUCUGAUGAUAAUGAAGAGUUGAGCAUGGCUCCAUAUAAGUGUUUUGGGAGACAUGACAGGAGUUCUGGUAGAGGAUACUUUACUGGUAGAGGAUAUUUUAGUGGUUCGGGUUCCAGACCUCCCUAUGUUCUCGAGCCUCCACACCCUGAAAAUCUAGGUAUGAUGGGCCGCUUUGAUCAAUCAGGAUCAGGGUCCGGACAAGGAUCACAACCUGAUGGUUAUGUACGUAAGCGUUUCUCAAAUGGGGGAUACCGCGGUGGUCGGUUUAGAAGGUCUUCAAAUGGUGGGGAUCGUGUAUUGAGAGGCAGGCACGGUGAUAACAACCAGUUUUAUGGUCGGAUGCACAACUGGAUGAGUGGUAAUAGGAGAGGAAGAGGUAACUCUCCGGUCUUUAGGAGAUCUAGAAGUCGUUCUCCAGUCCCGUGGAACGGUGGAGAUAGAUUAUCUCAUCCUCAUGAUGGGUUUAGAGCCGAGGAGAGGAUGAUGGAGAGCGUGAGGUUUCCUUUCCAGGAACGGUUUCUUGAAGAUCAAGAAAUAGGUUUCAUGUCACCUCCAAGAAACAGAAUGCCGCCGCCGAGAUUCGAUGAAAGGAGGAGCCAUGAUUCUGGAACUAAUCGUAAUAGCUUCAGGGGAAGGAGGUUUGGGCUUGGCCAAAGACAUGAUGCUGGAAGAUCUUUGAGAAGACUGAAUUCUGAUAACAGCAACAACUUUAUACCUUUCAGACGCCAAAGAAGAUUUGAUGAUAUGGAAGAUAGCACUGGCGCAAACAAGUUUAAGAUGAGGCAGCAGCAAACUAGGCGGGCUGACAUCACGGAAGAUGGCGGUGAUGAUGUCGCCGGUUCAGGUUUCGCAAAAGAGAGUCGGUGGGUUUAG